UGGCCGCGGGGCCCGGCCGGGCUGGGGCGGGGGGCCGCAGCCAUGAUCCGGGCCUUCUCGUUCCCGGUGAGCCCCGAGCGGGGCCGGCUGCGGGGCUGGCUGGAGGGCAGCCUGGCCGGGCUCUGCGAGUUGCACUGGCUCCGGGAGAGGCAGGAGUACCGCGUGCAGCAGGCGCUGCGGCUGGCCCAGCCCGGAGUGGGGGGCGCCGAGGCCGAGGACGAGGAGGACGCCGACGAGGACGAAGAUGCGGCGGCGGCGCGGCGGGCUGCAGCGGCCCUGGAGGAGCAGCUGGAGGCCUUGCCCGGGCUCAUCUGGGACCUGGGGCAGCAGCUGGGAGACCUGAGCCUGGAGUCUGGGGGCCUGGAACAGGACAGCGGGCGCAGCUCUGGCUUCUACGAAGACCCCAGCUCCACAGGAGGUCCUGACUCACCACCCUCAACCUUCUGUGGGGACAGUGGCUUCUCCGGCUCUGGCUCCUAUGGACGCCUGGGUCCCUCAGAACCCCGGGGCAUCUAUGCCAGUGAGAGGCCCAAGUCUCUAGGAGACGCCAGUCCCAGCGCUCCCGAAGCGGUGGGCUCCCGGGCAGCCGUGCCGCGCUCCUUCUCUGCGCCCUACCCAACGGCAGCGGGCUCGGCGGGCCCGGAGGCCUGCUCCUCGGCGGAGCGGCGGGCGCGCGCGGGGCCCUUCCUGACGCCCAGCCCCCUGCACGCCCCGUCCCCGUGCGCCCCGCGGCGCCGUCUGCUCUACGGCUGCGCGGGCAGCGACUCCGAGUGCUCGGCCGGGCGCCUGGGGCCCCUCGGACGCCGGGGGCCCACAGCCGUCGGCGGCGGCUACGGGGAGAGUGAGUCGAGCGCCAGCGAGGGGGAGUCGCCCGCCUUCAGCUCCGCCUCUAGCGACUCGGACGGCAGCGGGGGCCUCGUGUGGCCGCAGCAGCUGGUGGCGGCCACCGCGGCCCCCGGGCCAGGCGGGGGUGCAGGUGGAGGGGCGCCCGCGGGCCCCGCCAAAGUCUUUGUGAAGAUCAAGGCUUCCCACGCGCUCAAGAAAAAGAUCCUGCGUUUCCGUUCGGGUUCUCUCAAGGUCAUGACGACAGUGUGAGUUUGGGGGUCUGCGUGGGCUCCCCCUUCAUAGCCUCUGCACCACCGCCACACUCCCAAUCACUGGCCCUUCCACACCUCCCUUCCAAAGACCACCAUUUUCUCUGCUUCCAAAGACCCUCGCGCACUGCCCGCGUCCACUGCAGCCUUGGUUGAAAAGGCUCCCCCUCCACCAUAGGGAGGAAUGGGGGAGGAGCCCUGUCUGACCCAGUUCAGCUUGCUGGCUCUGCCGCCUGUGGGCAAGAAAGUUCCCUCUCUCUAGGGCUCACUUUCCUCAUCUGUACUAUGGGUGUACUAUGGUAUGCAGAAGGGGUAAUUCAAUUUGAAUUUCCCCAUUUUAGUUUAGACACUUAGUCUGUUUGUUCCCCUUCACUUCUCUCGCUGAGCCCUCUUAUUCCUCCUUCCCAUGCUCAGAUGUGGCCCUCCUCUCAUUCACAAAGUGCCCCCCUCCAUGUCCCUGGACCCCUAGGAUAUCCCCUUGGCACCCGGGUUGGAGACUGUGUCUGACCCAGAUGGUGCCUGCAGAGUGCCCUGGGAAGGGAAGGAGCACUGACUUUGGGGUUUUGAGGGUCAAGUAGGAGUUGGUAACACCUGGAAAGAAAGACUCUUUUACCUCUAUUCCUGGACAAUUAUGGUGGAUUGGGAGGUAGAAGAGGGGAAGGAAGAUGGCUUCUAUCUCGUGCCCCCCACCCCAUGGGAGGGAGUGGGGGAACUCAGGAUGACCCUCAACUGUUCCAAUCCAGUAUUUUUUUUUCUUUUUUUAAAUUACUGUAUUUAUUAUGACGAUGGUGACUCCCCGGCGCACAGGGGGGCCAGAUUCUCUGUGUUUCUCUAACCUCUUUGUAAAUAAAUGCACAAUGACAUACGUGGUG